UACGUGUGCGGCGUCGUGUUUGCUUCGCAGGCUUGAUGUCUUCAGGUAAUAUAAGACUCAGUGUGAUAUAUUUAAUAUAUGAAUAUGUAUAGGUUUAUAUUUUGAGGCAACGAGGGGAUAAAUCACAUAUCCCGAUGUGCCUCAAAAUAACGUACUUAUUUUUAUGAGUCAGAAUAGAAAUAAUUCUUAAUGCCAUAUUGCCUUCGCGAUGUUGUUUUUUGAACUUUUUCUCAUUUUUUGUGCUGCAAAGACAUUGCAGGUGAAUAUUAGAGGGAAUUGAUUAGAGGAGAAUAUUGAAUAUAUUCCCCUAAGAACAAAGGAAACCGAGCAGGAUGAAAAAUAAGAUGUUUUAUUGGUAUAUAAUGUCGUAUAAAUCUACUUCGUUUGUUAAAUUUUAUCAUUCGCUUGCACCAUUAGGACCACCAAGCGACUAGCUAUAAGGGACCGGUCAUUAUUUAUGGCAGGGGGGGAGGGAAAAAAUAAGGGAUGGGGGCCAUAUGUCUAAAUAAAUGACUAGAAGGGGGGGGGGGCUAUUAAAUUUUUUCAAGAAAACGAGGGGGGGGUUGCAAUUAAAUUUGAAGGAAUUUGCUUAAUAAGCAUGGUAUCCAUAUGGUUGUAAUUGCAACUAAAUCAUGGUCACUGAUGUGAAAUAGUCUGGAUUUAUCUAGUGAGUUGUCUUCUGUGUGCUGUAUGCAAAUCAGUCUUUACUGCAUGAUUGCAGAGAUAAAUAUAAUUGACAAUGUAUUAUUACAUCAGCUAUGUUGAUGUGGUUAAAUACAUUUAAGCAAGGUUAACGGCGGAUGUAUUAUGCAGGCCACAUCCGCUGAGGGGAGUCUGUGACGUCAUAUCGAUCAAAGGAGGUUGUUUCGCACCUUUUUUUUUUUUUUUUAUUUGUCACAAUUCAUUUACAUACAAACAAGAUUGAUUACUGACACUAGUAUAGAACAUGCAAAAAUACAACAUAGGUGUGACUGGAGAGAGGAACAGGACUUGCGUCCCAAUUGACACCUAACUCCUAAUAAAUGACUAUACAUCGACCAAACACAUUACAUGAAUAGGAAACCAUAGGAUAUUAUAAAGUUAAAACCUUAGCCUUGUGAUCAGUGCUUCGGUCUGGGUAUUCAUUCUGCCAUUGUAUGCUUUGCCUAGCUGCAGCAAGUUUAGCGCUUACUAGAUACCUUUUCCUUACCCACCCACCCAUGUUUAUUCUAGAGGAUUUUAUCUGGUAGUAUGUCAUUUUAUUUUAUAUAAUUUUUAAUCUCAUAUAAAAUAGGAUGUAUAGACCAUGUAUAGACCACUAUACAUUGUAUUUCGUUUCCACUGACUUGUUAGUGUGACUUGUGCCGGAGGUAUGCCUUGGCAGAAUGUCCAGAAUUGUUAUGGCUAUGUCCUUUUGCUGCUAAUAUUACUGAUUGUUACUCUCGUUGCUGCGCAGCUGCUAUGGCAAUACUUCGUGCCAUCAAAUCUAGUUACAGCCUUGGACCACAAACGGCACCUGGCUGCACACUAAUAUUAAUUCUCUGCCUUUAAACAUGGUUACAAUCGCUCCGACCAAAUGGAAACCUGAUCAGUUAGAGUUAUAUACGAAAAUAUCCCUCUUUUAAUUAUAAUUUUCUGCUAAUAUAUAUUUUUGGUCAACGUUAAUAUCUUGUCAGUUCCAUAUUCUUAUUUAAUUAAUAAUUAACACUAUAAUGGCUGGGUAUCCCCAUUUGAGGAGCAAAAAUGAAAAUGGGGGGUCAAAGAAAAAUAUUCUAAUAUGUAGGGGGGUCAUCAUUAAAUUUCUGCUCUUUUAAGGGGGGGGGGCUUUCAAUUUUAAAAAUUUAGAAAAGAAAAAAUUCCCUCCCCCCUUCCACAAAUAAUGACCGGUCCUUAAUGUCACAUUUAACAGUAUAUUUAAUACUGAAGCUGUAAGCAUUGUCAUUGUGAUUUGUAUAUUGCAAUUAUUUCCUGUAAGCUUUGUAAUAUUUCUUGGAUACUUCGAAUUGUUGUCAUCUGCUGUUUACUUUACUUAUGGUAUAUGUUUUCAUACUUUUUCCCAUCGAAAACAUGUUGUAUAUGGCUGAAUUGAAGUAUUGACAGACGUGUGUGGAUCGAAAAGUAAAAAGGUUCAACGAAUAGAACACCACAAUUCCACAACAACAAAAAAUUGCGGCCAUGCCCAAAAACAUGUGACACUCUAUUGAAAUUUUUCAGCAUAAUCAGCACUAUGAUACCUUACUUCCCAUCAUCCCCUGCAGGCAUAAACUAAAAGCUGGAAUUGCCUAUUGGUAGCAUUUCAAUUCUCAGUUCUGAUUACAUGGUACAAUACAGUGACAUGGUACAAUACAGUGGCCAGGAGGGGCAACUGCCCCCCCCCCCCAUUUUUUUCUGAAAGCUUUUGAUCAAUAGCUGAAUAACAGCAUGUGGAACAAAGCUGUACCAGUAAUUUUCAAGCAUGAAAUUAAUGUUGGUAAGCUAUAAAUUAAGUCAGUGGCGAAGCUAGCCAUUAUUAGAGGUGUGCAAAUCCGAUCCGAACCCGAUCCGAUUGGAUUGGAUUUGUUCGGAUUUCGGAACAAAAAUAUACAUUUUGGAUUGGAUUGAUAAAGUUGUUUCAUAGUCGGAUCGGACUUCGAUAUUCGAAAUAAAAUGAAUUAAUUAUCCAGUGACUACUCAUUAUUUGGUUAAAUAUUUCAACUUGAAUGAGAAAUUUAUUUUAUUAAAGGAUUCUUCGGAUCGGUUCGAAAUUCUUUAUCAAACCUCGGAUUCGGAUUAGACAAUUUCGGAUCGGAUUUUAAACAUUAGCCAAUUGUUGGAUUAUAAACGUCCAAUCCGAUCCGAUCCACACCUCUAGUCCUCUACUAGCCAUGGCUACUGGUCAUGAUAUAGAUGCUAAUAGACCUGCAGCUAAAUAGGUUAAAUCAUUAACAAUUUGCAUAGCAUGGCCUGUUGCAUUUGGCUAGCUUUGCCACUGAAUUCAGCAAAAAAAGUUAAAAAAUUACUAACAUUUCAAGCUACAAAAUGUUGUCAUAGGUGUACAGUAGUAUUGUGAUUUUUGGGCGUCUUGUUUGGUAGGACUAAUUAUAGGAGAUUGGUUUUUGUAAAUGGAAUUUUUGAAGAUUAAUUUAUAUACAUUUUCAAUCAGACCUAACCAGUGGCGUAGCCAGGGGGGGGGGGCGAGGGGGGGGCGACCGCCCCCCCCAAUCGAAAAAAAAACAUUCUCUGAAAAAGACUAAAUCUGUAGAGAAAUUGGGAGGGGGCGAGGGGGUACACGUUACAUCCUCGAAGCUGAAACUGAUUAAGUACGUCUCGACUGAGGAGAACGACGAUAUACUGGAGGAACUUGAUUUGUAAAAUCUCGUUAAAGCAGUUGUAGAUAUGGUUCCAAGAAGAAUAGAUUUAGUUUAGAUUUAUAUGUAUGCAUUUAAUAUACACCAUACCAUGAAUAUUCUUCUCAGACUUAUUCUGUAUUGUAUAAAAAGGCAACGCAAUUUUGAGAAUGUGGAAAUGCUGUCUCAUAAAACCUAGAAUGAUUUAAAUGCAACAUUUCUGAUCAAAAUCACAUUGGGAUUUUCUUCCCCCAGCAUCACAGAGGGGAAAUAAGGUGACGCUGACCAGCUCCUCCUGUUUUUCAAGGUGAAUUUUCCAAUUUAUUUAAUUCCGAGUAGAAAAUUAGAAAUGUCUGGGAAAAUUCAUGUCUUCGAUGUACUUUAUAAUCUUCGGAAUUCUGCAAGAUUUCACCCCCCAAAUGCUUGAAAUCGCACUUUAGGGACUCUAGAUUUCAAAAUUUUCCCCGAGUCCAGUAACUCCAGUUGCUAACCCUUAAGUCGUUGGUUAGAGUGCUGCACCAGAAUUGUUUGGCCGCAGAUUCAAUUCCUGCCAGAGGGCCUAUAAAGCUGUAUUUUUUGCAAUUAACUGCUCUUGGUUAGGUCUAAAACGUAUGUAUAAAUUAUGUUUGAAAAUUCCAUCUACAAAAAGUAAAAAAAACACCAUCUACUAGCUAUUAGUCCUACUGGCAUCACCCAUUAUUGGUCAAGGUUUGGCAAUUGAAGUAUUGAACUCUGCAUGCAGCUCAGUACGUUGGUUAAAGUGUUGAGGCCGGUUGUUCGAAAGCUGAUUAGCUUAACACUAGGUUAACCUAAAAUUCAAAGCAAACAUCCUAACAGCUUGUUUAUAAAUAUUUCUUCAGCAAUCUUGUCUGGAUUAGUAGAAAUUCUUUUCUCUGAAGUUUUGAAAUAAACAGAUAUGAAGAAAUGCAUAAACUAAAACAUCUGCUUAUUUUUUAAGGUAGUAAUAUAACCACUCCGCACAUCAUAAACUAAAACAGCAGGUUAAAUUUUAACCGAGGGUUAGCUGUAAUCCAGCUUUGAAGUUUGAACAACUGAGGCCCUAGCUGCACCAGGAAUGUAGGAUGGCAGGUUCGAAUUCCUGCCAGACGGGCUAUAGUUGGUCAAUUUCACAUGAGACAUUGAAAAUGGCAAAAUUGCAAAAUGCAACAUUAUGUGGUGCUAACCACAUGUUUCCAUAGUUAACACAUUGGAUUAUCAUAAAUCAAAACGAUUUUUGAAUUUUGCCGCAUGCCCACUCUGCGGCAAACCGUUGAAUCUGCACUUGUUUGUUGCUAUUGUUCUGUGGAUAAAGUGUGUUCAUUUAAAAUAAUUAUAUCUCAGUCACUUUAACUUUGAAAUAAGUUAUAUUUCUUAACAAACACAGUCUAAGGUUCAAAUAUCAUGAUGAUAAUGUUAGAUCAGAUAAUAUCCAGUGUUGCUGUGAUUUAUGGUGCAUCAGAGUUUGGGUAAGAGAAAUGUAAUGUCCGCAACUAAAAAAACAAUUCAAUUUAUUUUUCAGCCAAACGUCUAGCUCUUUUGACAUUAUAUUUGUUCUGCUUUUUUAAAAUGGUAUUAACAUUAUUUUAGACUGAAAAAAGACAAUAAAAAGUAUUAACAUGUCUUGAAUAAUGUGUUGCGGACAUUACGUUGCGGACAUUACAUUUUGAACUUGGAGAAUUAGAUGCUUAUUAUUAAUUGUCUUGCUUGAAUUCUAUAGUUAUUUUAAGCUUGAUGACUUAAAAAUAGAACAUUAAAAGGACUAUGGGACCCUACUUUUAGCUAUAAUCACUCCGUUGUGUAUACACAAUCACAGUGACACAAUUCAUCAUGGAAAGUUUCCAAGUUACAUAUAAUGCCACUACCGCGUAUACUGCCAUUGUACCAUCAGUUUUGUAAGGCAUAUGUUGUUAAGCGCAAAAUCAUGUUUUAGUUCAUGUUUGUUUUGAUCAUCUUCCACUAAAGUCAGGGGUGUUAAUUAUCUCCACCAAAUGUAGUAAAUGCAAAACUGUCAAAUAGAAUGGUCUACAAACAUGACACUUUUUUGCUGCACAACCCGAAUCAUUGCCUGAGUCAAUGCACAACAAAUAUUGCACUUUUGAAAGAUAUUAAAUUUAUAUUGUCAACAGAAGAUUAUAUACUGUAAUAUAUGUGACCAUGAUUUCAUCCCAGGAUUUAUGUUGGUAUACACAUGGGCGUAUGGGAAGGAAAAAAUUAGGGGGAAGGAAAGAAAUUUGCCCUACUUUUUCGGAUUGUGCCCGCGUUGUCAAAUUUUUUUUUUCCGGAGAUAGCAUAUUUCCCACAAAACCGACAGAAUUCCCCACAAAAUUGACAGAAUUUGUCCCAUUUAUUUUUAUAAUAAGCGAAUAUUGCCCGACUGGCUUUGAUAGCCCAACAAACUGGGGGGGGGGCUGCCGCCCUCUAGCCCCCCCCCGCCUGGUACGCCCGGGCGUAAUUAAGCUAGAAUGCCUGUUAUGUAGACUAGAAACAUUGAAGUGCAUAAUCAGUCACCCAGUUUUGAUUUCCUAUUAUUUUUAAUACAGAUUGCUAUACAAUCCCAAAAAUGUAAUGUCCGCAACAGUUUCAGUGUAAUGUCCGCAACACAAACUUUGCACUAUAGAAGCUGCGCAAGGGCAUUGUAGAACAUCUCGUUUUCAUAUUUUUUAACCCCAAGUAUCACUGAGAGCAGGCAGUGUUUUAGUUCCUGUGAUACCUUUCAAAAUUCACAGGAAAUUACAUUUUAAGAACAUCACUUCAAUGUGUGGUUGAUUUUGCUGUAAUGUCCGCAACAGUACUUUGACUUUUUAUUACAAGAAGUGAUUACGAGGGAAUUUUAAGAAAUAUUAUGAAAUAUUAAGAGGUCCCCUUAAGGUUUUCUAUGACAAAGUUCCCAGAUCUGAAACUGUUGCAAACAGGAAACAGAGCAUGUUUUGUAUUAAUUGUUUUCCUGUGAAUGUAAUGUCCGCAACAUGAAAUUGCCCAGUUGCAUUUUUCACAACAGCUACCCCUGGUUAGGUCUAAAUAUUAAAUUUAUAUUUGAAAAUUCCAUCUGCAAAAACCAUCUAGUACAUAACAAUUACAGUAUGCGCACUGUAACAUACCCCUUUUUGUGGAGACAUGCAUGCAUGAGGCAAAUUGGCAAAACACUUGCACUUGGCACCUAUACUGUAAAUACAUGUUGGUCUUCCAUCAAAACCCAUUCCGAAAGGCGCUAUAUAGCUCUGCUUAAAUAUUAUUGCCUAUUUAUGUAAUUGAAAUGUAAGAAUCUUGUAUGGAAAGAUAUUAAUAACAGUCAUAUUAAUUUUUUAAUAAAAUUAAAAUACAUUAUUUGCAUAUUAAGUCCACUGAGCUAUACUCUAUUACUGGAGGACCUGCUCGGCAUAAAAAAGUGUUGCCAAAAACAUGGCAGAUCUGACGCCAUUGCCAUGACUACUUGUCCCUAGAUUCAUGGCAACUGCCAUGCCCAACCGCGAUCCUAAGCUUUCGACGAUGUACUUCACCUGGUUUGAAGCCAAAAUAUUUUGUUUUUGAGGUUAAAAUCUCACUGAAAAUCUUGAUAUUUUUCUCCCAAUUUGCUUGAUUUACAACGGAUACUGCCUUUUUGCGCCACUCGCAGAUGUAUGAGAAUUCUCCAAACAAGAAGAAUAUUCUUAUUCACCGGUAAGAUUUUUAUAUAUUUGAAUAUUUCUAGAUUCUAUAGCUUGCUUUAAAAACAGAAAUGUACGAAGCACAAACCCCCAUAAAGUAUAACAGCAGACAUAUUAACAACCAUGUAAAUGGUUGGGAAUUCUGUAAAUUUUAUUAUUCUUUUGAUUCACCACUAGCCUCAUGUGUUUUCAUAGGGUUUAAAAGGCUGCCUAUGUGAUGUCAAAAUCCUUACUGUGCACUUAUAUUUAUAGUAACUACGUAAGCGUUUAUAGAGAUAAGCAAAUUUUCCUUGACAAACUUUGAGUGAUAGCCUUGCCAGGUUCUUGUAGCAGUUAUUUAUUCAAUUAUUGUGUAGUUACUGUAUAUUAAAUGUCACUUCUACAACAGGCAAGUGGAAAAUUGCUUUGCUAUAGGCCAAAGAUGUCCAUUCAAUACCCAUUGCAAUCAAGCAAUUACCUUAUAAACCUCUGAAUAUAAGCACCCUCUUUCCCCUCUCCAAAUAUAAGCCCCCGUGUGUAUAAUCCCACCAUAUUAACUAAUGUUCAGGAGAUUCCGAAUAUAAGCCCUCUCCCGAAUUUAAGCCCUUCUGUGUUAGCCCAUGGACUUAUUUUUGGAUAUUCAUUUUUAUUUUUGGACAGGUAUAUUUUUUAAUGCAGUGAAGGGGAUUCUAACAGCUCAGCCCAUCAAAAAUGCUAAUGAACGAAUAUAAGCAUUUAGAGGUUUACAGCAUGCAUUCAUCUGCCCAACAUAGUUUGUCAGAGUUCAAUAAACCCCACAGCCAUAAUUUUGUAAUGAAGGGUGUACGUGUGCCAGCCAAUGCAUUCACCAGUUCCCUUGGCAUUGACCAAAGUUGUGCCCUGACAAUAGACCUUAUGCAUAAUGACAUCACAAGGCCUGAUGUCUGCGAGGAAUGCUGGUCUUAAUAGUCAUCGUCCGGGAAAAUUUCGAUUGUGGCCAUUUUGAAUCGUUUAAUUUUCCCGGGCGAUGACUCACUACUAAGACCAGCAUUCCUCGCUGGCAUUAAGCCUUGUGAUGUCAUUAUGCAUAAGGUCUAUUAACCAAUUAAAUUGAUGAUUGAAAACAUGUUUGAGAGCAGCUUCAGUGGUGGUGUUCCCAGUAUUGGAGUAGACUCCAACUGUUCAGUUAGACUUUAUUUAUGAACUUUAAUUAUUCUCUCUUAGAUCUGCAUAGAUUAUUUUUGAUAUAGUAAUGUAAAAUGAAACUUAAUGGGAUAGUUAAGAAAUACAAUUAAUCUAUUUAUAAUGGACAAGUCUUAGAUUGUCCCCUUGUGACAAGUAAAAUUGCCUGGUAUUAGAUGGGCUUAUACAGUAAAUGGCAGAACUUAUAUGUGAAAAAUUACCUGAGUCAAUUUAUUUGACAUACAUAUUAAUUAACCCAUUAAGUUGUGCAAUUGUACCCUAAUGCACCCUACUUUAUUAUUUUACUCCAGAUGUCUAACACCAGACAAUUUUACUUGUUUACUGGGUUAACAUAUCAAUGUCUAACUGAACAGUUUGGGCUCUGCUCUAGCUACAGUAAAUUUCCCUGUAGCUAGUCAGAGCCUGGGAUCUGUGACCCAAUACAUCUUCAGUGUCUUCAUAUGGUACUGUCACUAUUUUAUAUGUAUAAUGGACAUUUCUCAUUUAGGGCGAUGUAAGUCAUGUGGACAAGAAAUUAAUACAAGUUCUUUUGAAUGUUCAAAUAGCAAGAGUAGUUGUGCACUAGCUCUUGGCAGACCUAACUGGCAGAACUAACAAUGACUUUUCUCUACAAUUUUGUGGGAAUGUGUUAUUAUAUGUACUAUCAAUUAGGAAUCAAAUUGUGGAACAGCCAAAGAAUAGCCCAUGGAGCUAUACAGUUUUAAUAAUACUGUAUUAUAUAUGUAACUUGAUUGUACAGUUAAAAUUAUUUACUGCUAAUUUGAUAAUUAUUCUUUGACCAUGCAAGUUUAAUUAAAAUAAUACAAAAUUGUCUUUAAUUUUCGGAAACAUGUUGCUUGGUAUGGAGUUUCACUAACAGUAUAACAACAGUGGCAUGAAUUCAUUGUGGGAACAUUCUUUAAUAAGCAAGAAUAGAUUAUAGCCAAUAGAGGCUACCAAUAUGGAAGCCAGGCAGUGGCCUUGUUGGCAGAAUAAUUUAUCAUUUCAUUGCCACAAUUCUAUUGUUUUGACAAUAUUUUCACAGCCAAUUUUGUUGUUUUGACUUUAUUUUGACCAAGUCAGUCCAGUUUGUGUUUACAUAGCCAUAAAAUAUCUUCCCGGUAUAACUGAGAUCUAAUUACCUUCUGAAAAACUGAGCCAGUCCGGUUGUCCAUACAAACUGAAAGGAAAUAUGCCAGCACUGCAGUCCACUCAAUACUAGGAGUCGACCCAAUACUCAUGAGGAUGGGGCAAACAAGCUCAUGGUCUUUUAAAGAUACAUACAACAAACUAUCAGAGAGCACACAAAUUACAAUCUUUGGUAAAACAUGUCAAACAUGCAUUCUCAGAUCAGCUGAUCGAGCUCUGUCCUGCACCAGUUCAUCAAGCUCAUACAUAACAGAGUCCUUGGCUAAAUAUAUAAAACCUUAAAUCCCUCUUUAACAUACUAGCACAUCAUAGUUUCAUGUCAAAUAUUUGUCAAAUUCAUAUACAUGUGCAACCAUUCCUUGGAAUCCGUGGGACUAUCGAGGGAUGAAAUCAUUAUAUUUUAAAGUAAAAGGUUCAUCUACAACCACAUUUAUAGAUAGAAACUUUUAUUUAAAUAGGGUAAUCCAAUCAGUUACAAUAUUAACUGUUAUCAUUAGGAGCCCUACAUAUACAAUAUGAACUAAGUAUUAAAAAUUACAACAAAUAGUAUUAAGUAUUAUUAUAAAGAUAUUAAUGCAUACAUAUAGUAAACAUGCUAAUUUGACUGAUCGUUCUUCCAGCGAUUAAAGACAGCACAUCCAUGGUAAUAAAAUGCUUUUUUAGAUGAUUCUAACCUAACACUCGGCAGGUGAAGUAGACCACUCUGUCUAGUAACCCGCUUAACUAAAUCUCUAUUAAAUUAAAAUUAAAAUAAUUGGUAAAGAGCUGUGGUACAUGUCCACUUAAGCAUUUUCUAACUAACUUCUCAUUGGCUGUAGACAAGAGUGCGAUUACAGCUCAGAAAAGGUGCGAUUAAUGCUCAAAUCGCACUCCUGUAAACCAAUGAAAUUGCAGUAUUUGCCACUGAUUACAGAAGAUAAAUAAUUAAUGAGAUAAUUGUACUCCUCUCAACCAAUCAGCAUCCAGUAAUUUUGCCAUGCUAAUAAUCAUCUCGGCAUUUUUUAAAUCUGUUUCCAUGUCUUGGAGCACUACUAGCCUGCACUAGUAAUCACGUAUUUACGAAUCAUUGAAAAGUAAUGUCACGAAGGCUUUUCUUUAAUACCUAAAUUAUAUAUAGAAUACCCGUUAAUUUUUAAACCUUACACCAAAGUGUAUCGAAUUCUAUAAUCGCCGACUUUUUAACAGCUAUCAGCACCAAAAAAAUUCUUACUUUGGCUGAAUUAAGGUCGGCAAAAAAUUGCCGACUGGGAGGUUGAUAGGUCGGCAUUUAGGUUGGCAUUGCCGAAUGCCGACCUCGUUUUCGAGGGCUGUUAAAUUAUAUAUUUUCUGACGAAAAUGACCUACCUGUUCUUCCAGCAGAAGACACCGAACUAGACACAACCAGCGGUUAUAUUUGAAUCAGAUUCAGAUUAAACUGAACUAAAGAACUUCACUAUUUUGAACACGUUAUAAACUUCAACUUGCAAACAUGGCUUCCCAAUUGUGUGUUGAAUAAUUAAACAAUGUUGUCAUGUGAUUAUACCGGAAAUAAUACCCGGAAGUUAAUAAUAUGUUAAUUUGAUUAUAAUAAAUUUAAUUCAAAAUUGUACUAUUUCACUAAGAAUUGUCGUGACAAAAAUUUCAUAAUUAUUUUGAAUUUCAACAAAUUGUAUUUUUGUGCUUUCCCCCCUUAAACAUGCAGUUUGAUUACAGAAGAUAAAUAAUUAAUAAGUAAUAGAACGAAUUAAGUCGUACUAUUAAUGUCAUAAUCAUACUCGUGAUUAACAAAUCAACCUCCCGCUACGCGGUCGGUUGAUUUUGUAAUCACUCGUAUGAUUAUGGCAUUAAUAGCACUCCUAUUCGUUCUAUUACCAUCAUUAAUUGUACUGCAGUACAAUUAAUGAUUUUCCCAAAACAAACAAAAUGGCGGAAAGGUAUUUUAACAAAAUACAAAUGUGAAAUGAAAUUAGAUGAAAAUACGAACAAAAGCACCAAAUGUUGCUUUAACAAAAGAACUAAAUGAAAAUAUGAACAAAAGCACCAAAUUUUGGCUGGUAGUCUGGCAGGACUGGGCUUUGGCGAGAGAAUAUGUUGACAUGAGAAGUAUCCAAUUUUGUCUUGCUAAUACUCGCCCCGGCGGCUCGUCCAAUUUUGGCAAAAUUUCCAAACGUCACUCGUACUAUUAAUCCCUAAUUGUACGAGCAACAUCGCAUAAUUACCUAUACUAAGCUGUCACUCCGUGUUUAUACGGUCGCCAUUUUUAUUUUUUCAGCAUAAUCAGCAAUAUGAUACCUUACUUCCCAUCGUCCCUUGCACGCAUAAACUAAAAGCUGGAAUUGCCUAUUCAAUACACUUCUUUAAUAUGAUCUUUCACUUCGAAUUGCAUAAGGUCAACAAUUGUUGUAGUGUACUGUUGAAUACCAAGAUUUUGUUGGCAUCUCAGUGAUUUCACUCAAUUGAAUAAUAGUUGAAGGAUCUUGUAGAUGCGAAUUAUUGAGUGGAAAUUUAUAUACAUUUAGGAACAGUUGCGAAAAACGCAACUAUGUAGUCCAGUCAAAUCACUAUAAGUACAUGGUCCUGAUCAAAGUAAUCGCAAUAGAUUUGUUUUCAGUGGUAAAGUGUGAGAAAAGUUGUUCUGAUUAACAUACUAAAAAUCCCCAUGGUGGAACAUGAUGAAAAUCGAGUUUUUCUUACUUCUACCUAUAGAAAACCAUUGUGGACAGAAUGUUGGAAUUUUGAAAUCAUUUUUAGGCAAAUGUAACCUACAUUAUUCGAAAGCUUAGAAAAAACUAAAAUAUAGAUCAUUAAACGGUUAUCUUGCUUUUGCCUAUCCUGCCGAAAUUAUACAAGAUUUAAAAUGCCAUAAAUUUGUAUUUUGUGCAAAUUUUGCGCUAUUUUUCCAACUUUGAGCUAGAAUAACGACAAACUGACCAGUAAAUUGAAUAUAACGGUUUAAUUGACCUUUAUAUAGUUUUGUUUAAGAUUUCCAAUAAUGUAGGUUACAUUUGCCUAAAAAUGAUUUCAAAAUUUGAACAUUCUGUCCACAAUGGUUUUCUAUAGGUAGAAGUAAGAAAAAUUCGAUUUUCACCAUGUUCCACCGAAGGGAUUUUUUUUUUUUUUUAGUAUGUUAAUCAGGACACCUUUCCUCACAUUUUACCACUGAAAAAAAUUCUAUUGCAAUUUCUUUGACCUCUGGUCACAGAUUGACUGGACUAUAUGACCCUGCGAUUCUGGUGCAGUGCUCUAACAAACUCGGAUUCAAACCGAUAACGGUGCAGUGCUGUAACGUCGUUUACACUAUAAAGCUACACCUAGCAUUCUGUUAUCUAUAAUAGCGUUACCGGUAUCAACUACGGACCACAGACCACUAUGCUUGGCACUCUGGGUGCAAAUCUGUACGCUUACGCGGCUACGGUAUUAUUGUAGCGUAACAUAGGUUAUAAAACGCGGUCAAAUAUCUACAUACACUGAUACACUUUGUAAGUCUAAAUUGGUAUAUAAGCGCUCCUGUUUCAAUGCAUAAAGCAGACAAACAACUCAUGAUCUGGCAGUAAAUAAUACGCUCAUAAUUUAUAUCGCAGAAAAAUGCUAGAAAAGAUAUACAACUCCAACUCCUGCUUUCUUGAGAUAACAGGAGUUUGACUUUGGAAAACAGCCGUUUUGAGCAUGCGCAGGCUAAUUAUCCAAUCAUAAACCAGGAUUUCUUGUAUUAAAUAUUGUGGCAACUCCUGCCUUUGACAGAUAGCAGGAGUGACACACGUCGUGUGUAAAUCAAUGUAUUACCUGGAAAUGAGCUGUUCCAGAGUUGCAGUUGCUAGGUAACAGGGCUGUAAAAUUGUGUAAAUGUAAUAGAAAGCAGAAAAUAAAAAUAUUGAACAAGACCAGAAAAAUUACAAUGAAUUUUUAAAGUUCAAGAUUGGACACUUUAAAAGAUUAGACAGUUUGAAACUUGGACAAUCAUUUCUCUAUUUUGUGGAAAGUUUUAUUCCUGCUGAGCAGGACCGCUGGCUAUGCCACUGAUGAAGGGUCUGAUCCUACGGUGAAUAAAGAUGCUAAAAAGGCAGUACUAGGUGGAAUUACCAGGGGGAUCCAUGCUCCCCAGAAAAUUUUGAAAAUUAGCUGCUCCAGAUUGGCUAAAAAUGCGUUUGUCAUAGCAUAUUUGUUACAUUAUUCUACAGUUAAUACAUUUACACACCAUUGCACUAUUAAGAUGGAUGCAUUCAUAAUUGCAUCUCUGAGGCCAUACCUACAGUGCAGGUAGCAUUAUUUCUAUUGAUUAAAUUAAAUUAUCUAUUAAAUUUUUACAAUUAUUUUUCUUUCUUGGGGAAAUAUUUUCUGGGAACUCAAAAAAUUUUCUGGGACCAAUGGUCCCAUGGUCCGCUCCUCAAGGCCUCGAGAGGCGGUUAGCUCAGCAAGUUGCUCUCGUGUGCGGCAGGCUUUUGCAUUUCAGGUUCUUAAGCCUACCCUCCCACGGGACAAAGCGAGUUAUGAUGUCACGUGACCAGCGUGAACCAGCGUCUCUGCUGGAGCGUGUUUGGGAGGGAAACGGAAGUAGAGAGCCUGGCUUGCGAGGUUGCGACAAUACAUGUACGUUAGGGUUUUCUUUUUUCUCUAUAGACUUCUUUUUUGUCUUCCUGUAACGUUUUUCUAUUAUUAUUAUUAUUAUUAUUUGAUUGUUUGAAAACGGUAACCCUUCAGAUCUAAUAACAUCUAUAAUUAACAAUGAAGGGAAUAAAACCGAAAAAAAAAGAAAAAAGUGCUCUAGUGUGUUAUUGUUGUAAAAGAAACUAAAAGGUUCACAAAAUAUGGUUUCCCGCUUGAAAACAACAACUACACAGAUAAUGGCGGAUCUAAAUAACGUUCAACGAACGUAUAGUCACGUGUCCGAUGUACUGUAUAUAUUAACUGUAUUACGGUUCCUUAUGUUAAUUUAUGCUAAAUAAUAUCAACCAUAUAAAUAUAAGUUUAAACUUUAAACACUAAAAGUACUUAUCUCAACACCCCCACUCAGACUCAGCUCGUCCUUAACUAUGAUGAGUCUGACGUGUUGUUGAUGUUCUUAAUUCCCUAAGAGUACUGUUCUGUGUUUUUCCACUUUCACUCGAGGUAAUGAUUUCGUAAGAAUGUCCGCAGUCAUUUCUUCGGUUGGAACAUAAUGUAUCUUUAUUUCUUUAUUUUCUACCCUUUCUCGAAUGAAGUGUAGCUUCGCGUCGAUAUGUUUUGACCGUUUAUGCAUCACGGGAUUGUGACACAUCUUAAUGCAGGAUUGGUUGUCUUCUCCAAUAUCUGUCGCUUUCUCCAUUGGGAAACCAAAAUCAUUUAGUAGAGCUCGUAAGUAGAUUGCUUCUUGUGCAGCAGCCGCCAUGGCUUGAUAUUCCGCCUCCGCUGUUGAUAAGGCAACGGUUGCUUGCUUCUUUACCUCCCAACUGAUGGCACCUCCAUUUCCUUCGAAUUUAAAAUAGUAUCCAGUUGUCGAUUUGCGAUCGUUGAGAUCCCCACUCCAAUCUGCGUCCGAAUCGCCAAGAAUAUCACAGCUGGAAUUCUUCAAGAAUGUUAAUCGUAAGUCGGUAGUUCCUUUGAGGUAUCUCAGUACGCGCUUUGCUGCCUUCCAAUGUGAUUCGUCAGGUUUAUCGAGAAAUCGUGACAGCUGAUUAACAAUAUUUAGAAUAUCUGGACGGGUUUGUUUGCCAAUGAAUAAAAGAGAGCCAACUAAACUUCUAUACAGCUUCGGAUCUACUAAUUUCUUUCCUUCGUUACUUUUGACUAGCUUUAGAUUUACUUCUCCGGGUGUUGCUACAGCUUUGCAAUCACUCAUGUUAAAUUAUUGGAGAACAGUUUCGAUAUACUUCGUUUGAUCCACUGUAAUCUUGUCGUGCGAUCGCAGGAUUUGCAUUCCUAAGAACCAGUUUAGGUCGCCACGAUCAUCCAUCUUGAAAUUUUCAUUUAACAUUGACUUAAUUUCGUUAAUUGCUUCUUCGGUCGCUCCAGCCACUACUAUAUCAUCUACCCAGACUAACACAUAGGAAUUUGUUCCAUUUUCUUCCUUUCUUACAAAUAGGCAAUAGUCGUUGCAGCUUCGUUUGAAUCCUUUCUUGAGAAGUAGACUUGUCAGAGCUUCAUACCAGUUUUUCGCAGCUUGUUUUAGACCAUAGAUUGAUUUGUUCAAUUUGCACACAAGCUUUUGUCCUGAGUUUGCUUUCUUGACAAAUCCCUCUGGUUGCUCCAGAUAAAUUUCUUCUUCUCUUUUGGAAUGAAGGUAGGCUGAUUUCACGUCCAUCUGACCAAGAUAUAAGUCCUUUCGUGCUGCAGUUGCUAAUAGAAUUCUAAAGGAUUCUGGUUUGCAUGUUGGAGCGUAUGUGUCAAAGAAAUCUAGGCCUUCGAUUUGAGCAUAGCCCUUUGCUACGUAUCUUGCCUUGAGCUUAUCGACUUGGCCGUUUGCUCCAUACUUUACUUUAUACACCCAUUUUCCAGGUAAGACUUGUUGAUCUUCUGGUUCAUCGACUAAUGUCCAGGUAUUAUUGUCCAUUAGUGACUCGUACUCUGCUUGCAUAGCUUUUCUCCAGUUUUCUGCAUGCGGUGAACGAAUUGCUUCAUUAUAUGACUUGGGUUCUUGUAUGUUUUCCUCUUUUGUUAUGUUAAACGUGUAGGGUAAUCCAAAUCGUUCCGGGGGGCGACGAUUUCUGCUUUCUCUGGGGAGUGCGACUUCGUCUUCCUCAGGGUUUUCUUCGACUUGAUGUGGAUUUUUGAACAACAGGUGUCUUAUCAUUUUCCCCCACUCUAGCUUGGACCGGUAUCUUUGUGGCUUCGUCAUUCGAGCGAUCAUCUUCAAAAUCCAUAUUGGGACUCACAAGGUUUGGGUUGUCCGGACUCAUCGUUUCUCUGGCUGAGAAUGACUGCAUUUCGUUCUCUUUGAAGAUGACAUUACGUGCUUUGAUGACCUUUUUGAGUCGAAUUCUUGCAAGAUGUAGGCUGUGCUUUUGUCAUCAUAACCGAUAAAUUUUGCUUUCACCGAUCUCGAAUCCAGCUUCUUCAUGUUGAUCUUUCUUUUCAUAACAUAUGCCGUGCAGCCAAAAACUCGUAGGUGGUUGCGCCUUGGUGGUUUUCCGGUAAAGAGUUCAAAGGGACUCUUUCCUUGGUUGCUAUUGGCAGUUACUGUAAGAUUUCGUAUGUGAGCUGCUGUAGAUAAGGCUCUUACCCAGUAGCACUUUUGUAACUUGGCUUGGAUUAACAGAGACCGUCCCAUUUCAACUACAGUUCGAUUGAAGCGUUCUGCAACUCCGUUCUGUUGUGGGGUUUCUGGAACAGUAAAUUCUUGCUUUAUUUUUUAGUCUCUGCAGUAAUCCUUGAAUUGCUUCGAUGUGUAUUCAGCUCCAUUGUCAGUUCUCAGUCUUUGAGGUGUUCCAUAUUCAGCUACAUACUCUUUAAAUUUUUCAAAAGCUUGGGAUUUCUUGCUCAUAAACUUUACGAUGGAAUGUUUCGAGUAUUCGUCGAUAAAUGUAAUCGCAUAUCUGGAUCCACUGAGGCUAGGUACUUCAAAUGGACCGAGUAUAUCUGAGUAAACGAGUUCGCGAGCUUUCUGCGACUUGUUCUGCGUUUCUUUCGGUACAGGUUUACUAGAUUGCUUUCCAAGUGCACACGUUUCGCAUACUUCCUUCAAAUUAUCUUCACAGCCAAUGGUGUGUUUGACGUCAUCCUUGUUUAAGUGUCCGAGCCUUUGGUGCCACAGAUUAAUACCUCCUUUGAUUGCUGCUUUACUUGUGUUGUAAGUGGUAGAAUGACAUGCACUGGACCUUUGAAAGGUAAUCUUCAGAUAAAAUAAACCACUGUCUUCAGUGAGAUCGACUUGUGGACCAUGAUUUAAUCUUAACUUUGCUUCACUUUUAUUAAAUAGGAAUUUGUGUCCAAAUCUGACGGAUCGAUUGACAGAAAGCAGGUUCACUUCAUAGUUUGGCACAUAAAGUACGUUUCGUAGAACCAUUUCUUCCUCUUUUUCAUUUUUCAGAUGAAGCUUUACUGGUACAUCACCAAUUCCUUCAACAGGAGUAAAAUUUCCCUUUGGAUCUUUAACAUUUUUGAUGCUGCAAGGUUGUAAGUUUUCAAACAGUUCCUUUUGGCUAAUGAUGUGAUCAGUACAACCAGUAUCGAUAAUGAGAUGAUUUGGUUUGCCAGUACCACUGCUUGUUUCAGUACCACUGUUCAUACAUGAGAAUAUGAUGCAAAUGAGUUGGGUUCUUUUGUGGAUUUAUCAGGUUUACUUGAACCUCUGCAUGCUUUUGGUAAAUGUCCCUUUUUCUUGCACUUUGAGCAGUAAGCUGAACUUCUUUUACUACAUUGCUUGGCGAAAUGUCCAGGGUUUCCGCAUACAAAACAAUCUCCCUUCGACUUGCUUGGACCUUCGUUUCUUCCUGACGUAUUUCCAGAAUACAUAGCUGUUGCACUAUCUUCUUUUGCUUGAUUUCUUUGUAGUCGACUAUCAUCAUAAUUUUGUAAACGUGUUCGUAAUUCGGUGAAAUUUGCUGCAGGAUUACAACUUUCCUGUACGAUGAAGUGCUCAUAUUUCUCUGGAAGUCCGUUUAUAACUAAGGCAUUGAAUAGUGUUUCUGAUAUCUUUUCACCAGCUUCGGUUAAUCGAGACAUUAAUUCUUGCGCUCGUAUAAAAUAUUCGGAUAAUUUUUCAUUUUCAUUUAACUAUAAUCGAGAAAUUUGACGAACUAGACUUACUACAGUUGGCCUUUUCCCCGUUCCCAACACCAUCUGAUGACAGGCAAUCAUGUCUUAUAUAUAAAAGACUAUUAUUGUCGAGGGCUAAAGCAAUAUGACACCAUACCGUAUUAUUUCUUUCUUCAAUUUCUUCGAUUUGUUUAUUUCUUUGUUGAACUUUUGCCUCCCAUUCGGCCUUCUGCUCGUCUGAAGCAUCCCCUGCUAGCGGUGCUAUCUCUUCCGGUGCGACUUCUUUCCCGAGAAGCGCUUUGUAUAAACCUUUCGUUUGCAUAUACGCGGUGAACUUUGUGCUUCAUGCUGGGUAGUUUUCAGCUUUUCCGUUAAAAACUAGCCAUUUUAUCGUUUGGCUAUCCAUUACCACGAUCCUGGGCCCAUAACCUGUUAGAUUAUGUAACUUAUUGUUGUAAAAGAAGCUAAAAGGUUCACAAAAUAUGGUUUUCCCGCUUGAAAACAACAACUACACCGAUAAUGGCGGAUCUAAAUAACGUUCAACGAACGUAUAGUCACGUGUCCGAUGUACUGUAUAUAUUAACUGUAUUACGGUACGUUAUGUUAAUUUAUGCUAAAUGAUAUCAACCAUGUAAAUAUAGUUCAAACUUUAAACACUAAAAGUACUUAUCUCAACAGACUGUGAGAACGAUCCGAAAACGUUAGUGUGGACGCAGACAGGUGAAUGCGUUUUCAAAAUAUCAAAAGCGGAGGGAUUCGAAAACUUAAUACCAACGUUAUUUCGAAUAGGAAAUUGGAAAUUGUAUUGUCAUUCUUGUCAUAGAUAAUUAACAUUUAUACCUGGGACUGAAGGAAACAGUAUAUUGUGUCGAAGGUCCACAAAACAUACUGUUUCCCGACGUUACCAGUCAAUAAGUAUUAUAUUAUAUUAUAUGCCAAAUUUCAAAGAAAACAAAAAAGCGAAGAAAAACUCCAUAAUUUGCUCCUGAACUGAACGAUUUUGUUAUUUCAUGGUCGAUAACAUAGUACUUGUUAGAACAACCUUGUGACAAUUCUGAUAAUGCCAUCAAGCUUGUUACAAGUUGUUAACAGCUUGUUCCAAAUUCGUUACAACAACUGGGAACAAGCAGUGCGAAGACAACUUGUUGACAGCUUGGGAACAGAUUUGUAACAACUUGUUUGCAACAGAUUUGUAACAACUUGUUAGCCGUCGCCUUCUCACUGCGGCGGAGCGAAAUAGUUUGAAAUUAAAACGUCACAUUUGUUGCAACAGUUUGAGCAGGGUUUCUAAACGGAGCGAGACGAAAACGGAGCUUUUGGCAGUUUCGUUUGACCAGCGGUGCCGUGUUUAUUUUGCUCCAGUUUAGUACUCAGGCGUCAAAAUGGCUAACUUAUUUUGCUUUCUUUCCUUUGGAAAUCUUUUGAUAAGCACUUGCGCUAGGAGUUUGGCAGUUCGUGUGCACUAGUAAAGCAGAGUUUGGCUAGUUCACUGAAUAAAAACCACUGCUCUAAGCAGAUCGCUUCGCUAUAUCCUUUAGUCACUCGAAGGUAGUACCGAAUAGUACCGAAGGUACUAGUGAGUUUGGCAAAUACAACAGCAACGACAAUUGGAAGAUGUGAUCAUCAACAAUAGAAUUGCGACUAUAAAUUGUAUUCCCUUAGCUUCAGCAUUGAAACUGCUACAUUAUUUACAUCAUUCUAGUAGUAUUGUUAUUCUAUUGAGUCAACUUUGUGUAAAAUAUAUUAUUUAUCUUAUUUCAGCCAUGAACAGUUGCGAGAUCAAGUCGGAGGAGAGUGACUUUUUUCAAGAGUACAUGGACUUGGAGGAGUUCAUUGAUGCCUCAACGACCGAUGUUACGUCACCUGGGUCAAUACAAUCCCCGUUUGGGACAGAUACUUCUUCUUCGUGUCAAAUUCUUAAUGGUCAUGCAGAAUUGGAGACUGCCACAUCUGUCAACGGGCAACAUAGUUUACAAGGACGGCAAUUG